AAAAAUAAACACAUACUUUGAAUAUGACCCAGCAGUUGCACUCCUGGACAUUUUCCCCCAGAGAAAUGAAGAUUUAUGUUCACACAAAACUGUAUACAGAUGUUUAUCGCAGGUUUAUAGUACUUCAAAACUGAAAACAAACCAACUGUCCUUCAAUUAGUGAAUUGUUAAACAAAAUACAAUAAAUCCUUACUAUUUCUCAACAAAGAGGAACAAAAUUUUGAUACAUGUAACAAACUUGCAUGAAUGUCUACUUUCCUUAUCUGUAGUAAAGGGGAGCUUUUGUCCAGAGAACUGUCUUAUUUGGUGGUUCAAGACAUAAGUGAGCGGGGUGGGGCAGGAAGAGUAUAUAUUUAAAAUAGCUUGGAGCUGUCUUUCUUCUCAGAACUUAUAGAAGUUAAAAAUGAUCAGAAAGAAGAGGUUUGAUGAACAUUGGCUGUGGUGUUUCUUGGGUAUCCUACAGAGCCGAUUUUGGGAGCUGGGGACCGAGGAGAAAGGAAGCGUAGAGUGGACGAAUUCUGUUGGCACAAGCCAAGCCAAGAGGUCUGCUUAUUUGGAGUGAAUAGCUCUAAAAAAGAGUAACGGUUGCCUUUUUACACAGAUGUGGCAGGGUGGGCUGGAGGCAUAAAUUGAAAGGACUCUGUUCCCAGGAACAUAAGGAACUCUCUUUGUUCUGAUGCACAAAGAUUAAGGGCUCAUUGGUCAAGGGACCUGAAAAACUGGAGAAAACCACAUUGCCUCCUGGACAGUAGGAGCAAUGCCAAGUCCAGGGUCAGAGCACAUUCAGCUGAUGGUAUAGUAUUUAUCACGCAGUUAUCUAGCAUGGCCUGUGCUUGCGAUGUGUCCAAACUUGGAAAUGAAGUAGGCAGUAGGUCUCACUGAAACAUUCUACAAGCCCAGUUACGGCACAAGCUGUAGAAGGGCAGGAUCUUCCUAGUGAUAUGUGAAUUCCGUUAGAACUGAAAGGCGUUGCUACGGGGGUUACAGAGCUCAUAGUUAGGGUCUACCAACAGCCAAUCACAGUGCCAGAUUGCCGGGGGGGCGUAGCCCUGGGGAGACAGUAGCCAAUAGUAGACCGGGCUGUGAAUAGGGUGAGACAAAGCCUCGCUGAGGCGAACAGAGCGCCUGAGUGAGGCCAGGCUGAGGAUCUGUGGCCUGCUGGGUGAUUUGAACCGUUAAGGUGAGCUGCCACCAUACUGGUUCUCGCCUCCUGUUAACGUCAUGGAAGAUCUCCAGAGUGAACGGCAGCGGAUGCUCCGUCGCCACCACCGUGAAAAGAAAGAACUAGAGGCCCAAAUCCAGAGCAUGAAGUGCUCGGUCCCCAAGAGCGACAAGAAGAGAAGAAAGGAGGUGCGCCACGACGUGGCUCGCCUCCAGGCUGAGAUGGAGCAGAGGCACCAGCAGGAGUUAGAGAAGUUCCAAGAGAACUUCCCCGGCGGCGCCACCGUGGAUUCUGUCACCGAAAACCUGGCGAAGAUGAAUCUCGAGAACCGGCACCCUCACGUCUCCAGGGCACAGAAAAGGCGAGAGAAAAUGGAGGCCCUGGAGCGAGAGCACCAGGAGAGGGUCCUCGUGGCCGAGAUGGAGCAUCUGGCCAGCUUCCGCCACGAGGAGGAGGAGAAGCUCUCGAGCAUCUUGGCGGCCAAGUACCUGGAGAUGAAGGACAUCCCCGCCGACAGCCAGUGCAUGUACCGCGCCGUCCAGGACCAGCUGGUGUUCUCCGUGACGGUGGAGAGCCUGCGCCGCCGCACCGCCGACUACAUGCGCGAGCACGUCGACGACUUUCUGCCGUUCUUCAGCGACCCGGAAACGGGCGACGCCUACAGCCUGCCGGAGUUCAUGGCCCACUGCGACGACAUCGUGCGCCGCCGCGCGUGGGGGGGCCUGCUGGAGCUGAGGGCCCUGUCGCACGUCCUGCAGACCCCCAUCGAGGUGAUCCAGGCCAGCGCCCCCGCGCUGCUCAUCGGGGAGGAGUACCGCAAGAAGCCGCUCACGCUGGUCUACCUGCACUACGCCUGCAGCCUCGGCGAGCACUACAACUCGGUGAAGCCGCUCGAGGCCGGCGCGGCGGGCGGCCCGGCCCCGCGCCUCCUCUAGGCCUCUCCCGCGGCCCCGCGCCGGCGCUCCUGGCGCCGCCGCCGCGCGCCUCCCGGUAGGCUCCGUUUCCUUGCGCGCUUUGCUCCUUUGCUUCCCUCUGCUUCAUUUAAAAUGUCAUUAAAGUUUACUUACAAUGCUCCCCCGCGGCGUCGCCCCACACCUUCUUUCUGCGCCUCUCUCUGCGGCUUCUUUCACUCCACAGGGGACGGGAUCGUAACCCGGAGGGGGAUGCCUGCUUUCGCUGCCUGAGGGCUGCCCACUUUAUACCGUCUCGCUUGUUCGUCCUUCCCUGAGCCUUUGCCUCCCUCCCCGAUUUAGAACUCGUAACAUUUCCAGUGUGCUGCAAAUGUUCAUGUUUGCUUUCACGCCUCCACUUCGGUAAAUGCUUGGCGUCUUCACACUCCGCCGUGAAUUUAUUGGAUUCUUGAGAUGAAAGUGGCGUUUAUGUGAUUGAUAUGCUUUCUGAACGCCUUCUGUUGUUCUUUUGAAAAAAAAAAUAGCGUCACACACUGUUCUUGGGUUUGCUUUUUAUGCUGGGCCACGCAGGAGACAUCUGAGGUUAUGAACAAGAGUUCUUCUGCUCGUAGUUUGGUUUUGUUUUCUUCAUUCAAACUUGUGUGGUUGCAAAUUACUUUUAGUUGCACAGGUGUUUUCUGAGCUCUGAAUAGCAUUGUUAAGCUUAAAAGGCAAAUGUAAGUGUUCAAUAAAUAUAAAAGGCAAAUUUACAUAAACUGACAGGCUAGGUAAAGUUUACUGUACAUGCCAAAGACCUGAAGUUUGUUAAAGGUACAAGGAGAUCUGGCUUUAUUCAAAGAGUUGUUGCAUUUCAUUCUCUCUACAACUGAUGUGAAGCAAGAAGAGACAAACUGAUAGGUAGAUAAGUGAACUUACUGAGAGGGGUAAAAAUCUGGAUCUAGUCAAUUUUCUUUAUUCUUAGAGAUGUUAAGUACUAUGACUUUACUCAACUUGAUCCACCUUGUUAUGUCAACUGUAUGAAAUCUGAAAGAUCUCA